AUGGAGCAUCGCGGGCAGCGGCACCCCGAGCCUGGGUCAGGAUUGUGGGCAGAGAUCGCCAGGCCCCUCCCCGAAGCAGAAGAGCCUUUACCCGCCCACCUGCAUCCCAGCCAGCGCCAGCUGCUUCUGGCCCAACCUGGCAGCGCAGCUGAGGAGGAGGAGGUGCCCGUCGGCCUGGCCCACCUGGCCCAAGCGGACGCCUACCUGGGGAUGAGCCGCUGCCUGUGCACACCAGGCUUCCUCGGCAGCUGUGGGUGCCCGGCAGCCACAGACCCGGCCAGGGGGACUUUCUCCUACUGGGCCGGGGGGAGCGGGGUGGCCCAUCAGCGCAAGACACUGAACGGCCUGUUGCAGCAGCAGCAUUGCUUGCGCCUGGCUCGCCACUACUGCCGGCGCCUUAAAGCGGCUUCUGACUUUGUGUACCGCUUGAUGGAAGUCGAGUGUUGUUUCCUGACACCGGCCGGCCGGCAGAGCUCUGACGGGGGUCGCCUGCUGCGGGGACUCUGCCAGGAGCUGCGGGUGCACACCUCCCACUGGGACUGCCUGCAGUGCCACAUGCGGCAGGACCCCUGGCUGAGGCCUCUGCUGCUUCGGCAGCCUGAGGCGGUGCAGCGCAUGAAGGAGUCCCUCUGGCUGCUGGCCCUGCAGGCGCUCUGCCUGCUGGACAGAUGCUUGCAGGCCCUGCUGCAGCACGGGGCCCCCAGCCCCUACCCUCUACUCUCGGAGGCCUUCCAGGGCCUGGAGAGCUACAACCAGGGGCUGAGCGAUUGGGGCCUGCAAGGGGCCAAGCCGGGGCCUGGGGCUGCAGGGCAACAGGGGCUGCAGGCCUUCUCUGUGGAGAGGGUGCUGGACAUCUUGGCUGCCGAAAGAGGACGCCUGGCCGGUGAGAGACUGUCUCUGCUGCUCCCGUGGCAGCCGGCAGGGACCGGCGAUGCGGGGCCCACAGCUGCUGGCACUUCCGGGGCAGUCGAGGGCCUCCCUGCACACCUGCAGGCCUUGUGCCAAGAGGAGGAACAGGCGGUCAUGGCGCUGCUGCCAGAACUGCUUGCGUCCACUGGCGGCCUGGGACAUCGCCUCCUGCACCGGCCCAAGUGGGACCAGCCCCAGGGAGCCCCUGAGGCAGCUCAGGACCCGGCCCUGGCCCCUGCCCCACUGCCUAGCUGGAAGUCUUCUGAUUGGCUGGAUGCCUCCUUCGCCGAAGCGGCUGCCAUGCUCUGCGCUGAAUACCGACCCCUCUUCUGGAGAGCAGCGUCCUCCUCCUGGGCACGCCAGCUGGAGCUCCGAGCUCACCGGGCUCAGCUUCAGAGGGGAGCUGGGGCUGCCCUGGGCCAGCAAGUGACCGACGCCCUGGUGGAGGCUUGCUUGCCUGCAGAGGCUGCAGAGGAACUGAAGGACGUGGCGCUUUGCCUGCUGAGGCGUGAUGCCCUCUGGCAAUGGGACGCAGGAUUCUGCCACGCUCUGGGCACCAGCCUUGCAGACAGAUGCUUGCCCAAGCCCAGGACUGUGGCCUGCAGCCAGACAGGGCGGGUUUUGCAGAGCCUCUUCCUGCUCCUGGCCUUCAGCGUGAGAUGCCUGGACAUCCGGCUCUUCCAGGGUGGCCCAGCCAGUUUCUCUUCCACAGGGCAGCGCCUGGUCCCUGCCAGCCUCCACCUGCACCUGCUUUCCCUCGUGGUGGCCACCUGCCAUGCCUCUUCCUACUGGACCGUGAGCAAAGCCUACCAGUACUUGGCCUCCUGGUCCCUCGGCCAGUUCCUUCUUGUGACCCAGGGGGAUCUUCAGCUGCUGAAAACGGAAGCCAGGAAGAUGCUGGGGCUGGUGAGCAGGGCCUUCCCGGAGGACAGAGGGAAGCAGAGCCCUUUGGCCUCUCACCGGGAGCGGGAGAUGAGCCUGCAAGUCCACUCGGCAGCCACCGGCAUCCAACUUUUUGCAAGUGGUGUGCUGGAGUUGCUUUGUUUGGACUGCAGACGGGUCUCAGCGGAGGUCUUCAGACAGUCCAUGCCACUUGGCAAAUACUGGCGUCUGGCCCUCCUGGCAGAGCCGCCCUCUGCUGCCAGCGAGUAUGCCCAGGCCGCAGCCCAAGCCGUCCUGGCUCCAGUCUUGCAAGGCACCCGGUGGCUGUCCCAGGACUCCCAGGCCCUGGUCCUCAGCCAGGUCACGACUGCCUUCCUGGAAGUCUGGAUGGAGCACAUCCUGGCCCAGAAGAUCAGGUUCAGCCUCCAGGGAGCCCUGCAGCUAAAGCGGGACUUCGAUCUGGUGCGGGAAGCCCUGCAGCUGGAGGACUACGAGCUGCCAGCAGAGGUGAAGCAGUUGGUUUUCUCCCUUCGGGUCUUCCAGCAAACGGACAACGCCAUUGCCUGCCUCCUCCAGCAGCCCAGCAAGGGCGCCUUGUCCUCGUGCAGCUGGGAUGCCCUGCAGAAGUGCUGCUCACGUGAUGGGAUGCGGUCCUGGCACGGCAGCCCAGGCAGCCUGAGCAACCUGGAGCACCUGGAAGGGCUGCCCGUCCGUGCUGGAGCUGGGCCAGAGAGCUGGUCAGCUGACUUGCUGAGCCGUGCCCCAGGAGGUGGCACAAGCUCUGAGACCUACCUGAGCCUGGCACAGCAGGAGUGGUUGGCACUGCGGCUGCAUGGGGCCCGCCGCUGGAGGAUGCCCGCCCUCUCCUGCAUGAACCACCCUUCGGAGCCUUGA